GGUUGAAAAAAAUAUUCUUAGUUUUGGUCAUAGGAGACUUCCACAUACCUGACAGAAAGCAUUCUUUGCAUCCAACCUUUAAAAAUCUCCUUGCUCCUGGUAAGAUCAAGCAUAUCUUGUGCACGGGGAAUUUAACCUCGAGAAGUGUUUAUGACUAUCUCAGAAUUAUUUGUUGCGAUGGCCUUGAUUUCCCUGAAACUAAAGUAAUGACGGUCGGGAAGUUCAAAAUUGGUCUAACACACGGUCACCAGAUAAUACCUUGGGGAGACAGGGAUAGUCUUGCGAUAUUUCAAAGACAACUAGAUGUUGACAUUCUUAUUUAUGGACAUACUCACCGGUUUGAGACUUUUGAACACGAUGGCAACUUUUUUAUUAACCCUGGCUCCGCAACUGGGGCAUCUAGCGCACUUGAAAGGCAAGCCUAUUUUUAUACCUAUUUUAGCAGCCAUAGGCCCUCAUUUGUGCUGCUGGACAUUCAAGACUCUGUGAUUGAGCUAUACGUAUAUCGACUUUUUGGAAGCGAGCAUAAAGUCGAGAGGAUCGAAUUUCGAAGUAGUUAUGAGUAA